AAAUAACUAUUAUAAGUGUAGUAAUAUUUAAAUUUAAGCUUAAAUUUAAUUACACGUGUUAAUUUCUCAACAGAAAGAGUUCAAGUAACAGAAAGUGCAAAUAUGGAUACGGCGGUUGAAAAUAUGCGUCAGAAAUAUAAUUUUCUUAUCAACGAAGCUGUGCAUAAAAAAACAAAUUCCUGGUUGCUAGUUUCGGACCCUGUUAGUCUAUUCGUCAUCCUCGCCUCUUACUAUUACUUCUGCACGUGGCUUGGCCCUUUGUGGAUGAGGGACAGGAAACCCUUCCAAUUGAAGAAAACUUUAAUAGUUUACAAUGCCUGCCAAGUUUUGAUGAGUUUAUACUUGGUGUACUGCGGAUUAGUCUUUGUCUUCUCUGGUGACUACAACCUGUUAUGCGCUCCCGUUGAUUACUCUGACAGACCUUCUGCGGAUUGGAUUGCGGGUGCCACCUGGUGGUUUUUCAUAGCAAAGUUGACCGAGUUGUUGGAUACUGUAUUUUUUGUUUUGAGAAAAAAAGAUAAGCAGAUAUCGACGUUGCACAUUUACCAUCACACGGUAAUGCCGAUCAUUACUUGGAUUGGAGUCAAAUAUCUGCCAGGCGGACACUCCACUUUGACAGCUCUGUUAAACUCGUUCGUCCACGUCGUAAUGUACGGAUAUUAUUUAGUUUCCGGACUCGGACCGCAAUACCAAAAAUAUCUUUGGUGGAAGAAACAUGUGACAUCACUGCAAUUGAUCCAGUUCGUUAUAAUCGCGUUACAUAACGCCUACCCCCUGGUGACCAACUGCAAUUUUCCCAAAUGGUUUAACAUCAUGGCCAUCAUUAACGCUGUAGCCUUUGUAUACAUGUUUGGUAAUUUCUAUUACCAUAGUUAUAUUAAGAAUAAUAAAUCAAGA